AUGAGCGACUUGAGAGAACGUCUCGCGCGAUUGGGACUGUCCCAGUACCACGAAGUGUUCACAGCCGAAGGCUUCGACACUUGGGAGACUGUGCUCGACAUUACAGAAUCAGACUUAAGUUCCCUCAACGUCAAGCUUGGCCAUCGUCGGAAACUUCAACGGGCCAUCGCCGAAUCGCGCGGACAGUCUUCGGAUAGGCCUCUGCCCAUCAAUCUUGCACGAGCCGGGAGCACUGCCGGCUCGUAUCGCAGUGACGACUCGGGGCCAGAGAGCAAAAGCAAGCAGCCAGAGCCCACCAAUACUGCACCGAAUGGAACAGGGGCCAAGCGGAAGUACCGUCGACAUCCCAAGCCUGAUGAACAUGCACCAGAACGUCCACCCUCCGCUUACGUCAUAUUUUCCAAUCAGGUGCGAGAGUCACUCAAGGGACAAGAUCUUACCUUCACCGAGAUUGCCAAGGUAGUUGGUGAGAAAUGGCAAGUCUUGCCUGCCGAGGAACGCGAAGGCUGUGAACGACAGGCCAAUGGUGCCAAAGAGAAGUACUAUGCAGAGCUGGCUGAGUACAAGAAGACGCCCUAUUUCGAGGCGUACCAGAAGUAUCUCGAAGAUUUCAAGUCGAAGCACUCAGUGCCCACUAAAGAAGGCAAACGCUCAAAAAUCGAAACCGAAACCAGCACUUCAACACGAGGAGGUAGCAAUGAACAGGCCGACCCACCAGCAAAUAGAAGAUUGAGUUCUAUUCAGUCUGAUGCCCAAACAGCAUUACAACAGAAACCGGAUUCCACUCAACCUGGGUCACUUGCAGUCCUCGUAAGAGCAGGAGAACUGGCAUCAAGAGCAGCGGACGACGAUAUGGUCGAGACCGAGAGCUCACCUUGA